GUCCUCCUCCUCCUCCUCUUUCUCCUCCUCCUCCUUCCUCUUCCUCCUCCUCCUCCUCCUCAUUCCUCUUCCUCCUCCCCUCUGUUCCUUCUCCCUCCUCUUCCUCCCCUUCCUCCUCGGCGCUCUGCGCUGCGGGCGUUGCCUCCCUGUCCGAGCCGUUCUGGUUCGAGCAGCUGAACUGCGUGCAGGCCGGGCCUCGUGACCCCGAGGACGAGGCCGAGGUGCAGACCGCGUUCGCGUGCCAGGUGGUCGCCUGGACGGUCACCCUCAGGCUCUUCCCCUCCGCGACGCUGCUCGCUCUCAACCCGAAGGGCUUCGGAUUCCUCGCGCAUGACCUGUACAGGAGGGCGUUCCCUUUGGACCGUUUCGACGCGCGCUUCGUCAUGAUGUAUCGAGACGCGCGCGACGUGGUGGAGUCCUUCGGCUCGAUCUUCUUCAAGCCCGCGGCGGAGGGCGACGGCAAGGGCAGCGACAAGGGCAAAGGCAAGCCCAAGGGGAAGGGCAAGGGCAAGGGCAAGGCCAGGGCGUCGAGGGCGUUGAGAGCAAAGUGCCAG